AUGGUUCUAUUCAGUGCGCGGUUAUUUAUAUAUAUUCUGACUUUCUUCUGUUGGAUAUCAAGCACAUCUGGCGAACUAUUGACCGAGGCGACAAACUCCUCUUUAAUCACCGUAUUGGCUUCGUCUCGUGCUGUCAUCUCCGGCCAGUUGAGCCCUGCUACGAUUAUAAUCUCUCGUGUGACUGGAAAGAUUAUCGCCGUCUAUGAUUCCGUUCUCCCCGCUGUCGACUUCCCCGAGGGGACCCUAUAUACCGACCAUUCCCCUUACGUCCUCCUCCCGGGGCUGAUUGACACUCACGUUCACCUCAAUCAACCUGGCCGCACAGAAUGGGAGGGCUUUUACACCGGCACCCAAGCCGCCGCUUUUGGUGGGGUCACCACCGUCGUGGAUAUGCCCCUAAAUGCCAUCCCACCUACCACGACGGUUGCGAACCUGAAAGAAAAAGUCGCAGCAGCCCAGGGCAAAUGCUGGGUAGACGUCGGCUUUUUUGGUGGUGUCAUCCCCGGCAAUUCUCAUGAACUUAAAGCCCUUGUCCAUGAAGGCGUCCGUGGCUUUAAAGGAUUCCUAAUCGAUAGCGGGGUUGAUGAAUUCCCCGCUGUUAAUACGGAAGACAUCAAGAAGGCCAUGGAUGAAUUGGCCGACGAACCCACCACUCUCAUGUUCCACGCGGAAAAAGAACCUCAUGAGGAACCCCUCUCACCAACCGGACCUGUGGACGACUAUUUCACUUACCUGCAAUCCCGGCCGUCAACCUACGAGACUGAUGCCAUUGCAGAGGUCUUGUCCCUAGCCCACCUGGCGCCCCAACUAGCCCUGCAUAUCGUCCACCUUUCCGCCAUGGAGGCCAUUCCGAUGUUACGCGAAGCCCGCGCACAAGGUGUGCACAUCACUGCAGAGACUUGCUUCCAUUAUCUCUCCUUGGCCGCCGAGCAGAUUCGCAAUGGUGACACCCGCUACAAAUGUAGCCCGCCCAUCCGCUCCCAAGAGAACCAGGAUGCCCUGUGGGCCGAACUAGCGCGAUACCCCGACGACGGCGUGAUUCAGACCGUCGUCUCGGACCAUUCGCCCUGCACGCCGGAUCUUAAGCUCCUUCCGCCGCACAUCCCUCCCCAAACGGAUGCUCCAUCACACAACGGCAGCUUCCUCACAGCCUGGGGAGGUGUCUCUUCCGGCGAGGAUGCGAAACGUGCCCUCCAGGAUAUCGUCCGGCUCUGCUGUAUGAAUACCGCCGCCCAGGUGGGUUUGGAGAAGCAGAAGGGUGACCUGGCCGUUGGAAUGGACGCGGACAUUUGCGUCUUCGACGACACCGCAGAGUGGGUUGUCGAGCCAUCUACCAUGCUGUUCCGGAAUAAGAUCUCGCCUUAUCAAGGCCAGAAACUGAGGGGUGUUGUUCGAGAGACUUGGCUCCGGGGUGAGCGAAUCUUCACCCGUGCGGCCGGAUUCAGCGAUGACAAGCCGUCGGGCAAACUCCUGCUGGAGAGACGGGAUAAACGGAAUUGA